UGGUGUCAAGAAAUCUAGUUUGGGUAAUUCUAUCACCGAAAUUAAAUAUGACACAGUGUUAUUACUCAUUCUGCCACAUGCUUUCCUAUAUUUGGCUAUCGUUGAUAUAUAAUCGAUGAACACAUGUGUUAAAAAUGUGUUUAGAGUACAUGCACCAAUUCUUUCCCACAUGAGAAGCAUGUUUUUGUAUAAGAAAGAGCUAAUCAUUUCAACAUGGAAACAAUUGCAAUUGUUCACUCUGGUUCAUCAACUGAUUACAAAUUAAUCGAAGAACUGAAAAAGUGUUUUAACAAAGAUUUUAAAUAUUAUCUGGAAUACAUUGUCUACGAAGAGCACCAACAAAAAGACGUUCUUCUUCAACGCACAUUAAAGAAAUACGCCCAAGAUUCUUUAUCUCUUAUUGUUUUACUAAGUCAAUCAUUUUUUGAUUUGAUCUGGCCAACGCCCUACAAAUCACCCGUUAUUAAGCUUCUGACGAAUUAUCCCGACAAGAGGUGUCUCCACAUCCACUGUGUGGAUAAAAUCGUCGUGAAAAGACACAGUACUGAUUUGGUGGCUAACUCUCCAAACUUCAGAACGCUUCAGGUGAAGGAUUUAGCGACGCUGACGGAAUUUGAAGCUUUGAGGGUAAUCGAAAAAAAACUAUUUGAUCCAGUAUUUGACUUACCAUUGUUAAGCAAUAAUUAUUCGCUUUCUGUGGAUCCGUUGCCAUCUGAUAUUUUCAACAUAGUAUCGCCGAAGGCUUUUGAUCAGCAAACCGACGAAAUUACACUUGCUAAAGCAAAGCUGGUAAGUUUCCCUGAAGUUACUCACACUAUUCCCUCGGGAGGUCAACGGAAACUUAAAAAUGGUCAAACUUCAAACUCAAAUGAAGAAAAUAUCAAAACAAAACGAAGAGGUCCAACGAAACCAGGUACUAAUACGAACGCACACUAUCUCGCCGCUGCUGCGUCCAUGGUAUUCGAUGAUGUCGAGCGUGACAACAUUCUUGAUCAAGGUAACGCCACAAAGUCAAGAAAAGCUAGAAAGAAAAAGAAAAAAGCUGCAGGAUCAGGAGCUAGCAGCGCGUCAAACUCCUUGGGCGAAAACCUCAACAAAACUAUCCGUGACGUGCGGUUUCAAAUUAAAGACGGAAUUGCCAUGCAUCUUGACCGACGUAAUGGUUCUAACUGGAAAGACGUCGCUCUCCGAUUUGGCUUCACCGCAGCUGACAUCUCAAACAUGCAGCGUAUCCGAAGCAGUCCCACGCAAGCUCUCUUCGACAUGUUGCAAAUUCGCAUGCCAGAAGUUACCAUUAGAGAUUUUGCAGAGCAUUGCAGAAAUCUUCAGUGUAAUGAUGUCGUUAAAUAUAUCGAAGAUACUUCGAAAUUUUGAAGAAUUAAUGCGGAAUUAUUUUCGUAAUCAUAUUAAAUUAACAAUCAUUUUGUAUAGUAAAAAUAUAAUAAAUACUUCAGCACUC